GUGCUAGCUCGUCCGACACCCAGCGGCCAGAAGCGGCAGAGAGCGGACAGGGAGCCCGCAGCUGCCACCUCAACAUGGAGUAGCCUGAGCUCCAGCGGCUGCUGCCCGAGAAGCGGACCCCACGGAGAGGAGUGCGACGCGGCCUCUGCAGAGUUCCCCCCCUCGCCCGGAACACUCCCGCAGAUGCUCCAGCGGCGGACAAUUUUCUGCAAACGCGACGGGAAGCUCGGCUUUUAUUUGAAAAGAUGGCGAACGACUCUCCGGCUAAAAGUCUAGUUGACAUAGACUUGGCUUCUCUGCGGGAUCCAGCUGGGAUAUUCGAAUUGGUGGAGGUGGUUGGAAAUGGCACCUAUGGACAAGUAUACAAGGGACGACAUGUCAAGACUGGACAGCUGGCUGCCAUCAAGGUCAUGGACGUCACCGAGGAUGAAGAGGAGGAAAUUAAACUGGAGAUCAAUAUGCUGAAGAAGUAUUCCCACCACAGAAACAUAGCUACCUACUAUGGCGCUUUCAUUAAGAAGAGCCCCCCAGGACACGACGACCAGCUAUGGCUGGUGAUGGAGUUCUGUGGAGCUGGUUCCAUUACAGACCUGGUGAAGAACACCAAGGGGAACCAACUGAAGGAAGACUGGAUCGCUUACAUCUCCAGAGAGAUCCUCAGAGGUCUGGCCCACCUUCACGCCCACCACGUCAUCCACCGUGACAUCAAGGGCCAGAAUGUCUUGCUGACUGAGAAUGCGGAAGUCAAACUAGUGGACUUUGGUGUGAGUGCUCAGCUGGAUCGGACCGUGGGCAGGAGGAACACCUUCAUCGGGACUCCUUAUUGGAUGGCCCCCGAGGUCAUCGCUUGUGACGAAAACCCAGACGCUACAUACGAUUACAGAAGUGAUCUGUGGUCCUGUGGUAUCACAGCUAUUGAAAUGGCUGAAGGAGCACCACGUGAGUAUCAGCUUUUAUUACUAUCAGAGUUUAUAUCCUGUUUCGGUCUGUUAAAUUCUCACUGUUGCAUCUGUGCUUCUUCUUUCAGCACUUUGUGACAUGCAUCCUAUGCGUGCGCUCUUCCUCAUUCCCAGAAACCCUCCUCCCAGGCUCAAAUCUAAAAAAUGGUCCAAGAAGUUUUUCAGUUUCAUCGAGGGCUGCCUGGUGAAGAACUACACGCAGCGCCCGCCGACGGA